CUGUCGGGUCUGAGUCAGUCGCUAGGAAGCUAGCUACACACUGCGGCCAUCAAUCAAGCUGCAGCAAUGCUCCUCCGCCCUCCGUAUACACAUACUACCUGCAACACACACACACAAACACACACAACACAGAGAGAGAGAGAGAAGCGUCGGCUUGCCUCCUGUCUGUGAUGAUGUGUGCUGCAGUGUUGUGUCACCGGCCUCUGCCGCUGUCUAUGUGUGCUGUCAGAUCGUAUCAGCCGCUCCCCACCUGCACACAGAACACAUACAGCAGUGCUAUCCACAGCCAGCCAACCGUAUGUGCCCUCCGUUCCCCUCACCCGCCUGCCACACUUCCAUCUCGCUCGCUGUGAAGUUGUUCGACUGCGCCAAAGUGCCGUUGCCCUUGCGAUUGAUCGUCCCCGAGUAUCCCUCCGACAGCUCAUCCCUGUUGAUCCACAGCUGGCAGCUGCUGAGGUCGGCCGCCGGACCAGCCUCGGCCCACCCGAGCCACAUACGGCCGCAGGCGAUGCACACAUUUGCACUCCAGUCCAUAUUGUUGGCCUUCGCCGCCCCCUGUGUGCCGGCCACCUCCACCGUCUGCCUCUCCUCAGGUAUCUCGAUCAUGGUUGGCGCGUCAUACGCGCCGGACAGCGAAAAGAAGAAGACGGGCACCUUGUAUUGGUUGGCCUUUGUGGGGUCGUCUGGGGGGAUGAUCUCGCCGUCGAUGAAGCACCCGAAUCGGUGUGUGUCGCCAUCUCGGAGGGCGAAGAGGAGGCCACUCUUGCCCUCGACGCACUCGAGCAUCUUGGGAAACGCAUACGUGUCGCGACUGCCCCUAAAAGGAUGACACACCACAGACGACAGAUGCAUGCCUUUUGUGGUCUGCCCUGCCUGUCUUGUGUCAGCAUUUGGUCUCACUUGUACAGCAGAGAUGGCGCCGUUGCGAUCUUCUUGUCCGUCAUCUUCAUCACCGCCAGCCACUCGUCGGCCGUCUUGAUCACAGCGGAUGCCCCCGCCGCCCCACCGACAGGCGGCACUGUGUUGAGGCCAUACAUGCCCAACUCGACGCUAAAGAUGGCCCUCUCGUUGACCGCCACGACCGGCGGAUGCACGAAUCGCACAGCCGGCAUGACCAUGAGGGUCAGGCGGCGGGCAAAGUCGACGAUGAGUUGCAGAAACUUGGGAGACUGACGCACCUCCUGGUCGGGCCCAACUAUCUGUGUCCUGCAGGACAGACACAGACACAUGCAGGCAGAUAGGACGCCAUGCAUAGACGGUCAGUGCAGUGCAUGCUUCCAUACCGAUCGAAACGCUUGACGAGGGCAUGGCUUGGACCAAGGGGCGCCACAGUGCGGCGGAGGACCGACACGUCCUCUUCCUCGACUGUGAGUGUCAUCACCUCGAUGUCCUCACUGCUGCUCUCCCCCUUGACGAAUGGCCGUGUGGCCGCCAGGAAGGCCUCCAUGGCCUUCUUCUGCUCCCGCAGCUCCUGCCGCACGCGACGAUAAUUGUUUAUGUACUGUUCGAUCUUCUCCAACGCCUCGUCUAUGCCCUUCCCCCCCUCCCUCUCCCCCUCUCGACCGCUCCCGUCGGCCAUCUCCACAUCUCGCUGCUCGCCUCCCCCUCCAACCGCCGUUGCUGCAGCUGCCCGCGGCGGCUCCUCGAAGGCGAUGCCACCGCCCAGCUUCUGCAUGAACAGCGAAUGAUACUCAGCGUAUGAGGGAUUGUCGGCCUUGAGUGGGGGAAGGGCGAUCUCAUCUGCUGGAGGGCUCUCAGGCAGCCUCAACUGGUCGCGGAUCUCGAGCUGCGCCAGCUCGUCGCGCAGCCAGCGGAAGUAGGGCGGAUGCGCCUCGAGGAAGGGCAGCUGAUUGGCGUCCUUGGGCAGCUGGUCGGCGAAGUGCAGCAGCAGGGUGGAGAGGUAGGUCUGCUUCAUCUUGGGCUGGAGCAGCCGAUGAACUGAGAUGGAGAAGACCGUGCCGCCCACAUUGAGCUUGAGCUUGCCGCUCGUCUGCUGCGGUUGCAUUGUGCCGCCAUUCGCUGUGAUCAUCUGCUUGAUCUCCGCCGCCAGCUGCUCGAUUUCGCCCUCGGCCGUAGCUGCUGCCGUCUUCAACACGCCUCGAAGGCCAUCCAUGCAUCCUGCCGCCUGCACAACCACCGCAUCGACCUCCUCACGACUGCUCGUCACGCCAUGCAGCCGGGAUGGGACAACUGACUCAUCAUCGGCCGCUUCGCCGACGUUGUUUUUUCGCUUCUUCGAACCAGCUGGCGCUGCUGCUGCGGCCGACAUCGUCAAUGGCUAAGGAAAUACGCUAUGCUCCAAUGAUGACUGCGAUGCAGCUUCUGCCCUUCCACCGGCGCUGUGUGAGGGGGG